GACGAAGAGUUUGUUUGCUUCAGAGAUAUUGAUCCUGUUGCUCCUCAUCACUACCUGGUUAUUCCUAGAGACCACAUUGUCAGCUGCAAAUCACUGAACAGAAGCCACAUUGACCUCGUUGAAAGGAUGGCCAAAUUUGGGAAAGAAGUGCUCCUGGACCAGGGGAUCACCGAUAUGGAGAAUGUAAGGUUGGGGUUCCACCAGCCUCCCUUCAUCUCAGUAGGACACCUUCACCUCCAUGUGCUCGCCCCGGCCAGCCAGAUCUCAACUUAUAUGCAGCACAAGUUCACCCCAGGAACUGACCGUUUUAUUACUGAACAGUCUCUAAGGGAGCGUCUAAAGAAAGUGUCUCCACUUACCUUUACAAGUUUUAGACAAUAUUUGGGAUUUUAGGUUUUGGAUCUGACAUUUACCCUAAAGGGACCACAGAGAAGGACCCCCCCAGGACGGGGGCGGGGGGAAAAAAAAAAAAAAAAAAAAAACUCAGCCUGGAAAGAGACUUUUUACAAGCUAUUAAGACAGUUUUUGCUGUUAAGACAGAAAAACUAAAUUCCGGUGUGCCGUUUUGAAUAUUUAUUGUUCUUUCAUCCAUUAUGUAGCACAGAGGUCGCAAGGGGGGCUUGUGCCCACCUCCAGUGGGAUAUACCCUGGACAGAUCACCGGUCCAUCGCAGGGCAACACAGAGACAAACAGGACAAAGAACCACACACGCGCACACUCACACUUACGGAUAAGCCGAAGUGCCCGGGGAGAACCCAUGCAUUUACAGGGAGAACAUGCAAAAUCCAGGUUGGAUGGAACUCCAACCCAGGACCUUCUUGUUACAUGGCAACUAUUCUGCCAACUGCACCACUGUACAACCUACACAUUUAUUUAAAUCAUUUUAUCUUUAUGUUUAGUCACAUUUACAUGUUAAGGAGACAAUAAACCAAACUGUGGCCUAUAAAUCAUCAAUUUUAGAUUUGUAUUGUUUACUGAAAUCUGUGUAAAGCAAAUUGUUUUUUUAUAGUUAUUUAUAAUUAAUACCAAAUGAACUGUUAGAUAACUAAUAUGAACAUUAAAAGAUGAUUUUUGA